ACAUGCUGAAGACUGUUUUUUUAAGAAACGACAAUGAUAUUUGGGACUUUCUGACCGAUUACUCACAGUUUACUUCCCAGAGAUAGCAAUCCUGUUCAGUGCAAAGGUGCAGACCUCUGGAUUCACAGAAAGAGAGACAGAGAGAGCUAGUGUGUUUAUAGAUACAGGCAUACAGAAUUGUUCUUUAAACAGAGUCACAUAGACAAAUGAAGAUGAAUCCUUAUUCACUUCUACAAAUCGUCUCCUUCAUUGCUGUAUUCCUUGUGGUUAUUUCACAAAAACACACUUCAGAACAUGAAUGUACACAGAAGGAUCUACAUAAACUUGAAAAAGCAUUACAGAAUUUUUCAAAGUGCUCUGUGAAAGAAUGGAAUGCGGGUGUUGCUAAUGUUACUGCAAAACUGCAAAAUGUACUGAAAUCUCUAAAUCAAGUUCAUGCAAAAACAUGUGAAAAAUUUGAACCUUUGAAAUGUGGAAUCCCUAUUGCUCCUAAGAAUGGGGGACUGAUUUGUGCCACUUCAAAUGGUAUCCGCUACUGCAAGCCCAUGUGCAAUGAGGGUUAUGAUUUUAGUUUCCUGAGACGAAGCAGAUUAUAUGAGAAGUGUGGCCCAGAAGAACAAUACAAUUGGACGACGCAGUAUAUUGGUGGGAACAGACUGGCUGAAUGCAUAGAAUCAUCUAUCGCUGUUAGUGGAACCAUAUCCAAUUACUUUCCUGCUGGACAGGACUGCCACAGUAUACAGUAUAAUUACAAUUCAGAACGACAGUUGUUUAAUACUUUCCUUAAAGAAAUUCAAGUUCCUGAAAAUGCUCCUGCAGACGAUCUGUGCCUCAUGUGUGAAAAUUAAAUAGUAAAUUUAAUCAGUAAUCUGAAUUUGCCAAAUGUGCUUUGCCUUAAAUAAAUAGUCACAUGUAGUCUAAAGUAGAGCUUGUGGGCACUUUUUGAAAACAUUGUUAGCUUAAGUCUUUGUAUCUUCUUGCCUUCACUUUCUUAGUUACCAGAUUUAUUAGUUUCAUUUGCCACCAUGUAGAUGUCCAUGCAAACAUAAUUCCUACCUGACUUUCAGUGUGUUUCUAAUUGUGAGUCACACCUCAUUUUGGAAUGCCAUGUACCUUUCUUUUUCUCCAUCUGCUACAGUAUUUACAAAACCUGCUUUUCCAACCUGGAAUCACUAAUGCUGAGUGCACUGCACUUUAAGGUCAGGCCUAAUGGCUACUCACUGGGCAGCCAUUCUUCCAUCAUUAUCCCUCUGAUUUCUAAUUGGCUGAAUGGCUAGAACAUGAGUUACAGCACUAAUUUUAUAUUGUCUUAUAAUGGUUUUAAGUGAAAGCAAUCAUAGAGUCUAGCACAGAAAUUAAUUGACAUAUCGAUAUUAAGAAAUCUCAGGUGUACUAUGGUAAUUAGCUGGCUGAAUGAAACUCAUCUCCUGACACAGUAUUUUUGUGUAUAUUGUUCUGAAAGCUAAUUUUGUUGUAGACUAUGAUCUGCUGAUUUUCAUAUUUCAUAUGUCAUCUGGAUAACACAUGUAAAAUAAUGACAGUAAACCUACAGUAUUUUAUCAUCUAAGUUCAUACUAAGAAGUCCAUUAAAGCUUAUGUCUUCCAUCAGGACUUCUUAUUGCAUAAUCUUGACUAUUAUGAUGCCUGUUUUAUUAACUGCUUAAAAAUGUAUUGCUUUAUCAUUCUUACAUAGUACAAUGUACCUAAGUUUGUAAACAUGAAUAAAGAUUGAGACUGA